UAACAUCAAACCUCGUGAACUCGAACCACGUUCUCAUCCCCUAGCCGAGACCGCCGCGCAGACACAGCAAACGACACCGCAUUCGCAAGGCUGCCUACGGCUCAGCGAUCGACAUUUUCACGAGAAGCUCACCAAGUAUAGCAGGACUGUCCUUCAUCUGCCCUCGGCACGGAGUUGCUUCUCCAUACCGUUCUUGGUCACUGCAUCAACCCAUCCCCGCCCGCUUCCUCUCCGAGAUGUCGUCCGAAGACGAGCAGCAGCCGCAGCAGCCCCCUGCGAUUAACUACGCUGCUGGGUUCCUUCUCGUUGGUCUGGCCUGGGGCCUCACCACACCGUUUAUCCGCCGCGCCGCCAAAGAUCAUCGCCCACCACCACACCCGCUCCUCGACUCGGACGGCGUCAAGCGCAGCUGGCUCAAGAGCCGUCUCUACGGGGCCUUCUUUGCCGUAAUCGAUCUUCUCAGGAAUCCGCGCUAUGCGGUGCCCCUUCUCAUUAACCUCACCGGAAGCGUGUGGUUUUUCUUGCUCAUAGGGCAGGCCGAACUGAGCUUAACUGUUCCCAUUGUGAACACCCUGGCCUUUAUAUUCACGGUCAUCGGUGACUGGUGGGUGGAAAAGAAAGUGAUCAGUCGAGAGACGGCGAUUGGCAUGAUCCUCUCGCUUUGUGGAAUAGGGCUUUGCGUUCAGAGCAAGACUGGUUGAUAGGUCUCGUACAUUGAUAGGACUCGCACACGAAUCCCGGUCCCAAUUCCUGUUUUCCCCUACCCAAGUUGCUAUUUCCCUUUCAGACGCCCUUAGACCAAAUUAAGCCGACUUCUGAAGAGUGUGGUGUCUUGUUCUGCGGCGCAUACAAGGCCAUCUUGAAAUAAUAGAUACAAGAAGAGAUGAAAUCUGAAAUAUGGUCCGACAAAAUCCUGCGCCGGGCAGUUUCGUCUGUCCCACCAUGGUCCUAUUUUCUGUAUGCGCCUUUUAUCCCGAUUCCCUGACCCGCUUCACGCAUCGCUGUAUUUACAAAAGAGAAGCGUAUCCAG